AUCUAGGUUGUCUAUGCUCCCAUGAUCUUUCUCUCGCUCGGUGUGGUGUUCUGAUGUUCUCGGCUCGCAUACAGACGAAGACGAAUGCACAUUCGCAAGAAAAUUAAUCAGCUAAUAACAAAACUAUUCAGUGUAAAAAAUUGUCGCAAGCGGGCGUUCAUGUUUCGUUGUAAAAAAUGAUCGAGUUUACCAUAAAAACCUUGGAUUCAACGAACCACAACUUCUCAGUGGAAGAUGAGAUCACCGUUGAGCAACUUAAGGAGAAAGUCAGGGAGCAAAUGGGCAUAGAAAUAAAUCUACAGCGCCUCAUAUUUUGCGGGAGAGUACUACAAGACGAAAAAAGAUUAUCAGAUUAUGACGUAAACGGCAAAGUAGUGCACCUCGUGCAGCGCGCGCCGCCGAGCCCCGAGUCGCGACACUCCGGCUACACCGCCGCGGGCGCGGGCGCCGCCGAGGGCGCUAAUACUAACGCCAACCAGACUAGACGGCCUAUCCCACUAGCCAGUAUCAUCAGAGAAGAGCAAGCAUCCACUUCGCCAACGUCGGGCCGCCUGGACUUCAUCCGCCUCAUGGUGUCUGAAAUCAAAACUUGUUUGGCGAGCCUCCAGGCCCAGGCUCAGGCACAGGCCCAAGCUCAGACUGCUAAUGGAGAAACCAGCACAGAUAAUGCGGCUGCGUCGGGUAGCGGCGAAGGCAAUGAGAACAUGGAGACAGAUCCCGUACCCAGCGGCGCCCAGGAAGAGGGUGACUCCACACUGGACGAAGCCGGCGAAGCGCCCCCAGAUUCGGCGGUGCGAGCACAGCACGCGCGUCGCAGAAGCUACCGCGCAAUCCGCGCUCUCCGCGCGCGGCACUCGCGGCCCCGCGACCUCGGGCAGCUCAUGGAGGAGUUGGAGUCGCUGCAGGAGCAGUUCGCGCCGCACCGCGCCCAGUACACGCACCUGCUCAUGGCUGCUAACAGUGCCGAGCCACCGAUCUACACUGAGGAGGAACGCCAGAACGCGCAGCGGACCGUCGACAUUGUGUCUGACAUUAUGCACAGCUUCGCUCACGCGUUCCACGCCGUCAGCGACAUCAACUUCCAGGUCGGCCAGCGGAACCCGCGCCUCACCUCGGAGGCGUCCGUCAUGCGACAUCCGCUACCCAUGCAGCAGGCGCACAUUAACGUUGUUCAGUCUAACCGCCGGCAGCCGGGGCAGAAUGGCACCACCGUUCCGACGGCAGGCGCCGGCGUAGGCGCGGGCAACACCGCCACCGGUCAAACCGCACCCGUUACCACCGCCACUGCCACCAGCGUCACGAGCGCCACCGUCACCAGCGGCUCGGCCACCGCCACCGCCACCGCCACCAGCGUUAGCGCUAGCGCCGCGACCCCCGCGCCCACCACCACCGUCACCGGCAACCUGUCUGACGCUCAGCCAACCACUGAACCCAAUGCCGCGGGCAGAAACUCCACCCAGCCUACCGUCAACAUAAACAUACAACCUGAUCCCAUCACGUACCAAGUGGAAAUCGAGACCAGGGUGCCGAUAGCGUUCGCUCUAGAGAAUGCCUUGUUAAACGGGCUGACUGGCGCACACGGCCAAGUGCCUGCCGGUGGCGCCCAGCCGGCGCAGCCCAACCAACCGCAACAACCGCAGGACGGCCAGCCCAACCAGACAAGCCAGGGCAAUCAACCACAACAACCUAGGCGUCAAGUGCUCUUUGAUUUUGAGAAUUUGUUCCGUGGCCUAGGCCAGAACGGCGGUCUGGGCGGUGUGGAGGUGGUAAUGAGUAUGGAGGAGAUCCCCAACGGUCAGAUAGUGGGAUCGGUGCCCGCGGGGCCGGCGGCGGGCGGCGCGGGCGCGGGCGCGGGCGCGGGCACGGGCACGCGCGCCGAGCCCGUGCUGCACGGCAUCGGCGUGCAGCAAGCCGACGGCGGAGGUAAUACUCCCCACAUCUUCGGAGCAGACAUCUAUCUAGGCGGUAUGCCGUGGGGCGGCGCUCCUAGCGCGGACCUGCUGCAGAACAUCGUGUCGUCGGUGAUUCGACAAGGCCUGUUGCCGGGCGGCGAGGCCGUCGCGCUGCAGGUGGCGCACGCCAUGCCCAACGCCGCGCCCGACCAGCCACAGCCGCAGAACGGACACACUCCGGGCAGACACGGUAACUCCAACCUGCACCUCCGACGCGCCACGACCACGACCCGCGCGCACGCCGUUACCCUCAACAACUUCAUCUACGACAGGUUCCUGUUGUGCGUCAGUCCGCACGCCCGCCGGCGCCUGCUUAGACGCAGGGAGCAGCAGCAGCACCAAGCCGCCGCACACGCCCGCGCCCGCGCCGACCGCGCCGCCGCGCAGAACAUUGAGGUCCUACGCGAACGCAACCCCAACUUCACACAGAACCACAUUCAGACUAUGGUAGAUUUGCUGAGCAGCGAGCCUGGGCGUGCUUCGUUCACAAACGCUUUCUUCGUGGCCGUUGCCCGCCACCUGUUCCUCACGGAGCCGAUGCAGAUCGUGUCGGGCGAGUCGGCGCUGGUGCCCAACGAGUUCCAGGCGCUGCGCCAGAUGCUGCGCGUGUACCUGCAGGAGCUGCUGGUGCGCUCCGGCGGCGUGCACAGCGACCACACCUUCGAGACAGUCGCCGGCUUCCUCGUUGACGAGCAGCAGGACUUCCUGUCAAGAGUGGAAACCAUUGUCCCACUGCGUUCGGAGUUCAACUUGGGAGCGUCGAUGCGCGCGCUGAUCGCCUCGCGGCUGCCGGCGAUCGUGGCGUCGGUCAUGUCCGAUUCCGCCACAGAGGCGUUCGUGGCGCGCUUCUACGCCAUGUUCUCGCAUCUUUUCACCGAUAUGUGCACGCUCAUGGCGUACUGUUGCCGCGACGGUGUGGACGGACUGCGCACGCUGUUUAGAGCUUUCUUGGAGGAGAAAGUACGUGAUUGGGGCAGCGAAAACGUCCAACAAGUGCUAAUCACACUUGGCAUGGAGAACCUUGGCGUCGUGAUUAACAGCCUGAACGCUAUCACACCGGUCGACCCCAUACAGCAGUUCGUUAUACGACGUGCGCCCGCUGCCGCCGCGGCUGCGCCUCAAGAGCCGAGCCCGAUGGACGUGUCCCCUCCGGCCCCCGAGGCGUGUCCUGCCCCCGCCCCCGCCCCCGUACCCGCCACCGCCCCCGCGGCGCCGGCGACCCCGGCGCCCACCAACGCCGCCGACGUCUCGAGCACCACGACGGAUGCCGGCGAGGCCCGCGCCUCCCGCCCGCUCUCCAGCAGCGAGGCGGCACCGGCCACUGAGCCGCAGCCUUCGCACUCUACACCUAGCCAGAGUUCAAGAGCAAGCCGACCGGAGCGUGAGUCUGCGCCUCAAAGUACUUCUCCCGACUCACCGUCUAACAACCUAAACUUCGUACCGCCAAUGAUGCUGCUACAGCACUGGGGCGAAGAAUGGGUGCCGGUGUUCACUCGCGACCAACACAACAUGAACGCUGCCCAGGAGCCGUACAGCGACGCCUACCUCUCGGGCAUGCCGAGCCGUAAGCGGCGCUGCGUGCGCCAGUCGCGGCCCCCACACACGCUUGAGUCAUUCAUCAACGAGAGCGUACGCGAAGCGAGCUCGCGGCCUGCGCCGGUAGACAGCGAAGCGGUGCGCCGCGCGUUCCGCGAGCACAUGCGCACGAUGGCCCGCAGCCGCGCCUCCAGCUCCGAGGAUUACGACCCGCUGCGGUACGCGUCCGCGGCGCGCUUCCUCAACUCUGCCGACACAAAGAAAGACCCAAGCAAAAAAAGCGAUGACAAAUCUUAAUUGUACUCGCCGUGCACUCCUUGCAGUCUACGCCUGCCUCGCGGUCGCGGCUACAAUAUUAAGUAAAACAUUUGGUAGUCACGCUGUAUGCGAGUGUUGUUUUACUUAUACUGAUUGCAGUUUAGCAUUUAACAUUUUAACACGACCACUUGAAUGAGUUCCAACUUUCACGAGCUAUUUUCUGUCUAAAAGGUUGCUAUAGUUCGGUUUUUUCAGCAUUAGAAAAAAGGUAAACAAUCUUGACGUGUCUUUUUAUUGAAAAAUAUUGAAAAACGCUUAAAAAAAUAGUUAAAUAAUUUUACGGUUUAGACUCACUUGUUUUAGUCACUCGCGCGACAUGUUUCGGAGAGCCUAAAGCGAGUGACUAAAACAAGUGAGUCUAAACCGUAAAAUGAUUUAAUGUUAGUAUGUCUCACAACAGUUUAAAUUCGAAAAAAAUUGUUUAUAUUACUUAUGAAAGCAAAAUAAUGUAAAAGAUCGUAGAUGAUUUAUAAUUGUUAUAUAUUUGCUGUUACUUAUUUUUCAAAAGUGAAAUUUAAUAAAAAGACUAAUUUCAAAGAAACGGGUUUUUUAUUUCGACUGGCUUACACUACCUUCUUUCUAAUGCGUAAAAAAACCAACUAUACGUAUUGAGAGAAUACAAGUUUAAUUUACAUCUGCGACUAAUUUAUUCGAAGUCACUGCAAUAUACAAUAAAUUUAAAACUAUUUGUCGUAAUAUCGUGUAAACGUUGUGUUUAAGGAUAGAGGCAAUUUGAAAUAUAUUUACUGAUUUAAACUAACACGAUUUUCACUCAUAAUUUUAAAACUAACGCGGGACUUAAUCGCGUACAAACUUACGUUUAUUUACGGUUAGUUUUAAAAUUAUGAAAUAUAUUUGUUAGAAAAUAUUAAAAUAUAAAGUAUUGUCUGUUUAUCCACUGUUUGCGUUAUGCAAUAUUCAAGCAUGUUAAAGAGAAAAAUAAAUAAAUAGUGAUCAAGAUCUCUAACGAUUUUGAUAGCGCGACAGGGUGUUAUUUACCUAUACAAGUCAAAGUAUCAUACAAGUUUGAAGUUUAAAAUAACACUUGCACUGCAUGUUCAACUUUGCACUUUUUCCGAAUAUUACCUAGAAUUAUGCAAAACUGCAGCAGCAAAUUACGUUAAAUUAUAUUGUAAAUUAUUCAUUAUUAUAAAUAUCAAGGAAUUUGUACCCAUAACUUUUAUUUUGAAUCAGAUGUGACAGAACUUAUUUUACCUGACUAAGUAUUUUCGCUUAAAGGAAUAACGUCUGGUAUUCAUUUUUUUAACAGGUUAUAAUUUGUAAUAAAUCGUUCGAAAUACGAAACGUAAUGGAUGUUGAAUACAACUUUUUAAAAUGAUUUAUUGUAUUCGUUUCAUUGUAAAAAUGCGCAAUAGCACAUGUAUGAGGUUUGAGAUGGAAGUGUUGCUUGGUUCAGGUUCUGAUUCAGUGCAGUCGUGUAAUCGUUACAUUUUAAUAUUAAUGCGUGCGACUUGGAUCGUUUACUAUGUACAUUAAAAUAACUUAAUACAGAACAUAAACGUUAUCUUUGUAUAUAACUAAAAUGACCCGUUUCAUUUUAACCUUUUUGCCGCCAUAGACUUGAUAUAAAGUCAGUACAUUUCGUGCCUCACGCAGCGUCUUACGUAGGCGAACAACUCGCGCACGCGAAGCGAUGCGGCGCGGCACGGCGGCCCACGCGACGGCUCACGCGGCGGCCAAGCGAAUUUACCGCGAAUACGAAACGACGCGACGCGGCGAGGAAGAAACAAACCGUUGAUACGUAUGAAAGUGUCCUAGGUGAGCGUUCAUCGCGCGAACGCUAAGCGGCGCGAUGCGAUGGCCUUGUCCGAAGUGGGCGCGUCUAUAAUACUUACACGUGCGUGUUAUUUAAUAAAGUUGAUUUUUAGGGUUCCGUCCCAAAAGGGUAAAACGGGACCCUAUUACAGUCUGUCUGUCACCAGGUUGCAUCUCAUGAACCGUGAUAGCUAGACAGUUGAAAUUUUAACAGAAGAUGUGUUUCUGUUACCGCUAUAACAACAAAUACUAAAAAGUACGGAACCGUCGGUGGGCAAGUCCGGCUCGCACUUGUCCGGCUUUUUGUAUUGUGUGCUACUGUCGUGAAUUUUAAGAAAUAAAAAAAGUUACUAGUGGAGCUGUGAGCGGUUGUAGACCUCGCGAUAAGUUUAAAAAUGUAGAAAUAAAAAAAUCUUAAUUAGUUGAAUCAUUAUCACAGCGAACACAAUAGUCUUAAGUGCCAUUGACGUUACUGACACUUGCGUCCUUUAUCUCAAUUUCCACCAUUUUGAACGUUAAAAAAUACGAAACGCCAAUAAAAAUCAAUCUAGCUACCACACCGGCACAAAAUUUCACGAAAAUCGGUUAAGAAAUGCGACGUGCACCUGAGGAAAACUAAAAUCCGAGUCGGAAACGGAGGCUUUGCUAACGCUUUUUCAAUCAACGAAAUUAGGGUUUCUGUGAGCUGUAGACCUCGCAAUUAGCUUAAAAAAUGUAAUUACUAAAAAAAUAAUUACUUUGUCGAGUCAUUAUCACAGCGAACUCUCAAUAGUCGUAAGUGCCAUAAAUAUUGGCGCUUAAGUCCUUUGUCAAUUUCCGAGCAUUUGAAUAUUUUCUUAUUUUUUUGCCUAUAGAUUACAGCCGUACAACCUAUAAAGUAUCAAAUGUGUGUUGAAUAAUCAAAUCAAAUCCGGUAUUUUAAAUGCGCCACGCGUUUUAGCCGCCUUGUAUUCGCGUCUAAAAAUUAAAUGGAAUGAUCGCGCCCGCUCCGCGCCGUUCUGCCAUCGUGUGCUCACCUAGGACACUUACAUGACUGCGGUUUGUUUCUUCCGCGCCGCAGCUCGCCGCGCCUUGCCUCGGCUCGCCACGCCGCGCCUCUCCGUGCCGCGCCUCGCCGUGUCUCGCCUCGCCGUGCCGCGCCGCGCCGUGCCGUGCCGUGCCGUGCCCAUGCACGUGUCAUUAGUGCUGAGCUCAAGACGAUACAGGAGACCAAUCACUUGUUGAAACAUGUGUCAUGAGACUGAUGUACUUUUGUAUAUAUAGUAAUGCGAGCAUUAGUUUGGUUACAUUAGGUCUUAGUAGUCGGUCUAUAAACACAUGGUUAUAUUAUAACAUACCUCCAGCUGACUCACCCACCAAAACCACGAAUAACUAAAAUCUCGCUAUCUCUACUAACUUACUAUAAAGGACCUUACUGCCAGGUAUUAAUAUAACCAACUACUCGAUAAUGUGACCAAAUUCUAACUGCGAUAGCAUUUAGUGCAAUUAUUCACAUAGCCUCUAAGCAGUUUUUUGAUCCAUCACAUACACUACAUACAGUAUUGAUGUUUAACUAAAUACUAAUCUAAAAAAAAUAAUGUUAUCACAUAGCAGUCAUUUAUUCGCCUAUUCGUUUGUAAGAAAGGUGCAAGCGCGGAUUAUUGCUAUAUCGAUAGCUAUAGGAUCUCAACAAGAAUGAUUCUCCUCUCCCGUAGUUUGACGGGUUAAGAAUGCAGGAAAAUUAUCAUUGUUCGCCGGGCUAGCCACCCCCGUAACCAAUCAAAUAGUUCCUAAUUAGAAAGUCAAGUUCACAGUGACCAGUUGAAGGCAUACUUUCUAAUUAGAAACGAUUUGAUUGGUUACGAGCAUCGCUAUAAUAGGUCGGCGGACAAUGAUGAUUUUACUGCAUUCUUAACGCGAACGAACUAUAGUGUCAUUAAACGGUGUAUUCAAGAGGUCAACUGAUUUAAAAAGCCUGUUAGCAGAAUAUAGAAGUUAACGAUUUUUGUGAUAGUCCGUGUAUGCACAGGAACAGUUUUUUUUUGAAUUUUUGAAGAUGAAGUUAAUUUGCUAUUUUAUUGAUAAUGUGAUGUGUAAGGUAGUGGGAGUGGGUGUAUUUUAAGUUCACAUGAUAAAAUUAUACGCGUUGAUGUAUUUAAUGUGGCGUUAGAUAAAUAUAAUUAAUGAUUACGGUAAUACAUUUUGUUUAUUUU